GAGCUUGGAAGAGACUAUUUCCGGUUGCCCUUAGUAAAGAUGGCGCGAGACAGGGCGUCAUUGCUAUCUAAGCUUCGGAUUCGAUGCCCUCGCCCAACAUGGCGGGUUUUUGUGCCCGCCUCCUCCCCCGUCUUCCUCUUGUGUUACGCCGAGCCUCUCAGGAAGUCGGAGGUGAUGUCGGCUUCUUGUAAAGUGCGGAACCUGCUGUUGCGGCGACUGAUAGCCCCCACCCAGCUGCGCUUCAACCUGGGCUUCUGUGCCAUGAGCUCCACUGCACAAGAUGAGACCUCCAGAGCAGCUGCCUCCGAAGCCCCAGGCCACAGCUAUGAGUCCCUUCAGGUGACAUGUGCCGGGAAACAUGUUCUCCAUGUGCAGCUAAAUCGGCCUGAGAAGAGGAAUGCCAUGAACAAGGCCUUCUGGAGGGAGAUGGUGGAAUGCUUCAACAAGAUAGCGCAAGACUCCGACUGCCGGGCUGUGGUGCUCUCCGGUGCAGGGAAAACGUUCACUUCAGGUAUUGACCUUGUGGACCUGGCGUCGGACCUCCUGCAGCCCCAAGGAGACGACGCGGCCCGCAUCGCCUGGUACCUGCGUAACCUCAUCACCACCUACCAGAAGACCUUCAGCGUCAUCGAAGAGUGCCCCAAGCCCGUGAUCGCCACCAUCCACGGGCACUGUAUUGGUGCAGGCGUGGACCUCAUCACCGCCUGUGACAUCCGGUACUGUGCCCAGGAUGCUUGCUUCCAGGUGAAGGAAGUGGACAUGGGCCUGGCGGCCGAUGUGGGGACGCUGCAGCGCCUGCCCAAGGUCAUCGGAAACCAGAGCCUGGUGAACGAGCUGGCCUUCACCGCCCGCAAGAUGAUGGCUGAGGAGGCCCUGAGCAGCGGGCUAGUCAGCCGCGUGUUCCCAGACAAGGAACGCAUGCUUGAUGCCGCGUUCGCCCUGGCCACUGAGAUUUCCAGCAAGAGCCCGGUGGCGGUGCAGAGCACUAAAGUCAACCUGCUCUAUGCCCGCGAUCACCCAGUGACCGAGAGCCUUAACUACGUGGCUUCCUGGAACAUGAGCAUGCUGCAGACCCAGGACAUCAUCAAGUCUGUCCAGGCGGCAAUGGAGAAGAAGGACUUGAAGAGCGUGACCUUCUCCAAGCUUUGAGAGCUCGUGGCUCCCAGGCCCUGGCCCCGGCCCGGGGUCGCCAGGGUCCGGGUUGCACUGCCUCCCGCCUGUUUCCUUAUCUGAGGGAAGGGCGGGUUGGUGGAGAUGGUCUCCGUGCCUUGCCACACAGUCUCCAGUUUAUAAGUUUAUGACUCUGAUUUCUCCAAGCCCAGGGCCUUAUCUUUACUCACGAACAAUAAAGAGUUGGAAAGAGC